CAUCAAUAAAAAUAAAUAAUAAACUACUAAGGGUUUAUUUGCAAAAAAAAGAAAAACUAUAUAUACUGAGAGCCCUUUGGGAGCUCCCCGCCGGUGUUCAUGGCUUCUCUCCAACCUCUCCGACCACCGCUCGCCGCAGUCCAUGGCCAAACCCUCUCUUCCAUCUUCCAACGAGAUCAAGAGAAAUCCCUCGCCCGCUCCAUCGCCAAGCUCAUCAAUGGCCACUCCUCCUUCCCCUCCGACCUCCUCCUCUCCACACUCUCCCUUCACCCUCCCUCCCUCUCCCUCCACUCUCUCCUCCGCUCCCUCGACCUCCUCCGCCUUCCUUCCUCCGCUCUCCACCUCUUCCACUUCGCCCACCUCCACCUGCCUCCCCACCCUCGCCUCCCCUCCAAGACCCUCUCCGUCCUCUGCCGCUCUCGCGACCUCUCCGCCGCCCGCUCCUUCCUCCUCUCCCUCCCGUCAGUCGAAGAUCGCCUCUUCAACACCCUCAUCCGCGCAUACGCCCGUAACGGCGACAUCCGCGCCGCCGUCUCCCUCUUCCGCGACAUGCCCUCCCCCUCCGUCUUCUCCUUUAACUCUCUCCUCUCCGCCCUCCUCCGGCGCGGCCGCACCAACGCUGCCACUAAGCUUUUCGCCGAGAUGCCCCGUAACAAUGUCGCCCCUGAUCUCUGCACCUUCAACACCCUCAUUCGUGGCUUCUGCCUCAACGCCAUGGUUGAUGAAGCUUUCCGGUUCUUCCAGGAGAUGAUGAGGCGCGGAUGCCAACCGGAUGUUGUCACUUACAAUACUCUUCUAGACGGACUUUGUCGUGCAGGCAAGGUUGAGGUUGCACGCAACUUGUUCGAGGGAAUGCGCAAGAGAAAAAGUCGUGAUUUUUCGCCCAAUGUGGUGUCGUACACUACCUUGAUUCGUGGGUUUUGUGCGAAGCUACGGGUGGAGGAGGCGCUGGAGUUGUUUGAGGAGAUGUUUGGUGUUGGAUUGAAGCCAAAUAAGAUUACUUAUAAUACUCUCAUUCAAGGUCUUUGUGAGUCUCGGAAGAUGGAGAUGGUGAAGAGCGUCUUGGAACGCGAAAGGAGUGGUGGUAGUGAUGGAGGCUUCAAGCCAGAUGUUUGCACUUUCAAUACUAUAAUAGCUGCUCAUUGUAAUAUGGGUCAUGUUGAGGAUGCGUUGAAGGUGUAUGAUGGAAUGCUGCAGCUAAAGGUGAAGCCUGAUUCUGCUUCCUAUACUACUUUGAUGCGUAGCCUUUGCCAAAUUGGUGAAUUUAGUAGAGCUGAGGAGCUUUUCAAUGAGAUAAUGGAUAAGGAGGUGUUGGUGAAGAAAGGGACUUGUGUUCCUUUGAUGGCAGCUUAUAACCCGAUAUUUGAGUAUUUGUGUAAGAACGGGAAGGCGGAGAAGGCGGGGAUAGUGUUUAGGCAGCUUCUGGAAAGGAGGGCAACUGUGGAUAUUACUGCUUUCAAGACUUUGAUUCUGGGUCAUUGCAAGGAAGGUGAAUUCCGGAAAGGAUACGAGUUGGUGAUAGUUAUGGUGAGGAGAGACCUUGUGCCAGAUGUUGAGGUAUAUGAAGUAUUGAUCGAAGGUUUCUUAGAUAAAGGGAAGGUGCCUUAUGCUUGGAAGGCGCUGCAAAGGAUGAUGGGCAGUGGGCAUCGGCCGAGCACCAUGAUCUUUCAUUCAGUGCUUGCUGGCCUUUUGAAAAAGGAUGUUUUUGUUAAAGAAGCGGCUGACUUGGUUUUGGAGAUGUUCGAACGGAAGGUCCGGCAAAACAUUGAUCUCUCAACAGAUGUCAUUGUCGCUUUGUUUGGAAGUGGUUUGGUUGACAGGGCGUUCGAGGUUCUUGGACUGAUUUAUAGUAAGGAAUACUAUGUGAGAAUGGAGAAGAUCGUUGCAUUUCUGUGUGAGAGCAAAAGGUUCGUGGAAGCAGGGAAGCUUUUGCUGUUUUGUUUAGAAAAGCAUCAUAGAAUUGAUAGUGGUAUUUAUGGUGUGGUUAUAAGUGGGCUUUGCACAAAUGGGAGAUUCUCAGAUGCAUUUGUGCUAUUUUAUGAAAUGACAGAGAGUGGACUUGGACUGAUUAAUUCUAGCUGCUUAAAUGAUUUAAGACUUGCUCUUGAGACAACAGGAAGAUCAAAAGAAGCUGCAUUUGUCUCUAAAAAAAUUAACGGUGCGAGUUCUCAGUGAUGCAUACAUUGAUUCUUGACCUUCUCUUUUUUAAUGAAGGAUGGGAGCUUCAGCAAGAUUUUGGUGAGGACAUCAUAAUGGAUUAUAAUCCCCCUUCAUAGUUUCAGAGGGUUGAUGAAAGAAGAGUUAUAGGUGGCGUGAAUUUCUAAAUAGUGAUGUCCUUUCCUUCAAGCAGUGAAAAUCAUCCUUAGAAUGAUACCAGAGAUGAGAAAAAGAUAUCAACUCUUCAGUAUAGGUGUAGACCUUUAUGGUUCAUUGGCUGAUAACUAGUCUGAAGGGAGCUUCCUUUAUGACUGAGAUAAGUAAGCUCCAACUUAUUUUCCACCUUAUUUACCGAAAUCCAAGUUGCACUCUUACUAUUGCAGCUCAUAUAAUCCCAAACCAACACAUAAAAGGUAGAUGGACCUUCUCUUUCUUGAUUUUUUUCAUCUUAUUUGCCAAAAUCCAAGUUGGCCUCUUACUAUCGUCACUGAAUUCAUCGUCUGUAAUGCAUUUGUUGUCAGCUUUGAUUUCCCAUGAUACGGAAUGCCUGCAGCAUCGGGAGAUCGUCUUUAUUUUGAAUUCAGACGAACAUGUUUAUCAUAUUCCAUGGGUGUUUAACUUUGAUUAGUUCAUUCACAGAAGUUUCUGAAAGUUAACAACUGGCUUGCAUCAAAGAGACCGGCAAAUAGAGAUUGCAUCCAACAUUUUCCACAUCAACUGAAGCAUCAUGCUUAAUUCAUGUCCCUGAUACAGAGAGACAAUUGAUAAUGACACUUUCAAUCAAUUAGUGAAACGAAUGUUUAUAAAUCAUCAGAAUGAGUUCAAUGAAUCUGAAAUCAUGAAAUGAUGCUUGCUUUCAGAUUGAUCUCUAAGAGGUCGAUGUUAAACUUCUUGAAGUCGAGGAAAAGCCGAAGAGCAGACGGCGAGCGGUUCUCAUCGGAAAAAUUAUUAAUGUGUCCAUAAAAGGGUUGUCAUUUUUUAUUAUGUUAUGUAUUGAGAACCAUAGCAUGGUAUCAUGAUUGUUAACGUAGCUGCGCCAUUUGUGUUAGCUGCUGCUUUGAAUGAAAUUGGUUUUGGCCAGAUUAUCUCAAGUGAGGGGGCAAUAACUCAUA